UCAUAUCUACACACAAAACCUAGUCUCAUCACCAAUCCUCCUCCCUUUCCAAAGCUUAUCUGCUAUACUAUACCCCCAAAAAAUACAAAAACAUUUCAAAAAUGUUGAAAUCUGUGGUGAAUUUGAGAGAGAAAAAACAACAGCAACAGAAAAACCAGGUGGUGAAGAAACCUGAUCGAGCAACUUCAAGAAAGGGGUGCAUGAGAGGGAAAGGAGGUCCAGAGAACGCUUCCUGCACUUACAAAGGGGUCCGGCAGCGGACUUGGGGUAAAUGGGUUGCCGAAAUCCGUGAGCCAAACCGCGGAUCCCGGGUUUGGCUAGGCACCUUCGACACCUCCCUUGAAGCCGCCAUGGCUUAUGACUCGGCGGCCCGUAGACUCUACGGUCCAGGCGCCAACCUCAACUUGCCGGAACUCUAUGCCGCUACGACUCGGUUUUCAAUUUCUGGCACCAAUAUCCCAAUCAACCCCCAUCAAGAAAGCUCGGACUUGAGCAGUGCAGGUUCAUCGGAGAGCCAUUUGUCAGGACUCACCGAUGAAUCUGUAUCUACUGUUGCUGCUACGAGCUUUCCUGGUGGGGAUAUGGGUGUUGAGUCUCGGAAUAAGAGGAGAGUUGGCCGAGAGGAAAGGGGAGAUGAUGGAUUCUGGGGGAAUCUGAAUGCUGAGUUGCCGGAGUUUGAUGACUCGGCUAUGUGGGCAGAGGCGACAGCGACGAUGGAUUUUCAGGUGAUGGCAGGGCCGGGGACUUCUGUCGGAGACUUUGAGGAUGGGAAGGGAUGGGAAGCCAUACAGUACCCUUCGUGGCACUGA